CGGCCUCAUCUUAAUCCUCCGAACUCCCUCCUUCACACCUACUAGGAUCUACCUCUCAACAUAACCUACCACCCCACUACACGAUACACAGUGUUAUUGUUUCCCGAACCCAUGUCUGCACAAGCGGGAUCAAUGUAUCAACGAGAUCCUGGACAUACCUCCUGUAUUGGAGGACGGACGGUUAUGACAUGCCGGAGCUGCGCAGGAAAUGCACCACGCAGUAAUGCCGUUUGCAGCAGCUGCAACGGCCGCGGAUUUAAUGUAUUUAUUUGUCCCCACUGCAAUCCAACAGCUGCCGCGGCCGCCAUCAAGAGUACUACUAGCUCCUCGCAAGGGACCACUCCUGACUCCUCUGUGCCUGCGUCCCCAGCGUCCCUGAGCAGAAGUUCGUCCACGCUGUCAUCAGAUACCAGGCACAUCACAGCGUGGAGGCGGUCUGGAGACGGCGAUGAGAGCUCUUCAGGCGGGCACCUUGGGGCGAGAUCCAACACCCCACGGACCAUAUGAGGUGCUAUGAAGGGCCAAGGGCGCUGGUUGUCCUUGUGCUAGUCCGGGUCUCGGAUCUCAUUCAAUUCUUGCAUUUGUUAUACUUUGGCACCUGGACCCACGGGUGAAAUUGCUGGAAAUUUCGGCGAAAACGGAGUCGC